AUGAUAUUUCACCUGUCAGGGCAAAAACUCAUCGUGCUUUCUGUUUCUCCUGCAGGUGCGGGUAGCUGUCUGGAGACUCUAGAAGAAGGAAAACCACUCAUAGUAGUAAUAAACGAAAAGCUGAUGAACAACCAUCAGCUUGAACUGGCAAAGCAGCUCCACAGAGAAGGACACGUCUUCUGCUGUAACUGCAGCACUCUUGUGGAGACACUGCAGUCGAUGGACUUGUCAACUUUGAAACCUUUUCCUCCUGGACAGCCAGAAAAGUUUGCUUUGUUCUUGGAUAAAGUUUUUGGGUUUCAGUAA